AUGAGGCGUUUAUCCGAAGAAAGGUUCCUCCAGAAAUCUCGCAGGAUGAGUUGUGAUUUUUGGGAGAUCAUUGAGAACGGUCGCCGGGAUGACUAUAAAUAUUCUGAUGCUAACUGGGAGGGUAUGAGUGAUAUUCUGAACAAUCCGGCAAAUUAUUCCGAGGAUGAUAAGAUAAACACCCUACUAAACUUUCACAAGGAUAUAUGUGCCAAUGUACUACUUGAUCCAUCCUUUGGUAAUGAUGAUGUUCUACGUCAAGAUGCAUUUGAGGACUUGAAAAUCCUUGAAAAAUUUGAGACUGUACUGGUUGAUCCCGAAAUUGAAAACAAACAAAGGUGUCUGGUUGCAAUGUACAAGCAUUUGAGAAUAAAGAGACGACAACUGAAGAUGAAAGCUGCAAUGUUAGAAUCUCCUCAUGCCCAGCUGCUCCCAGAAGAUAUUAAGCAAAAAUUAGAAUGUGCUGAUGAUUAUGGUGCUGAAAUUUAUGAUAAUGAUACGGAACGCCUACAGGGUGUCGAAAGAGACAUACGUAACACACUUGCUGAUCUCCAAAGAUUAGUACCAAGAUAGUGAUGGGGAUGAAGAUCCCCAAUUCAUGGAUGAUCAGCCUAUAACUAAAGACACAAUAGAUCAGUACAUGCGGUUGGAGGAGGAAGUAAUAAGGAGG